CAGUUGGUAACUUUGGAGAGAGGUUGAAUUGAAUGAGCUAGAAGUGAAAAGAGUGACCAAAGCGAGCAACGCAGUAAGUGCCUGUGGGUAGUUACAACCCUGCAGUCGUUUUGAAACACGACGGAACAUGGUGCAGCAAACAGAACACAGCGAAACGGAGAGCAGCAUGUCCCAGGAAGCUACUGACUCCGAGGAAAACGAACUGAUGAUGGCGUGCAGUCCGGUGCCGCUAAAACCAGACUGGUGCAAGACAGCAACCGGUCAUAUCAAGCGACCCAUGAAUGCAUUCAUGGUUUGGUCGAAAAUCGAGAGGAGAAAGAUCAUGGAGCAGUCUCCGGACAUGCACAACGCAGAAAUUUCCAAGAGACUUGGAAAGCGGUGGAAAAUGCUAAAGGACAGUGAAAAGAUUCCCUUCAUAAGGGAAGCCGAGAGACUCCGGCUAAAACACAUGGCUGACUACCCUGACUACAAGUACCGACCCAAGAAAAAACCAAAGCUUGACAGUUCUACUAAACCAGCCGCACAGUCGCCAGAGAAGACGAGCAUCAAACCUGUUAAAGCUCCGGGAAAGAAAUUCACUAAAUUGAAAACUACCAAGGCAGUCACAACCAGACCGUCCCAUGACCCUCGCUAUGACUACGUUUUUACCAGCUUUAAGACCAGCAAGUCCAUCAAAAGGGAAUUUACUGACGACGAGGAAGAUGACGACGACGAUGAGGACUUCGAUGAAGAACUAGCCUCUCGGAUUAAAGUGGAGGAGGAUGAGGAACCGAUCCCCUACAACAUCGCCAAAGUGCCCGCCAGCCCCACGCUGAGCUCCACUGCUGAGUCGGAGGGCGCGAGCAUGUACGAGGAGUCUAGGAAUGCGAACGCUGCCCCCAACAGACUGUUCUACAAUUUCAAGAACAUUACUAAGCAGAGCACAAAUUGUCCUGCUUCACUCUCACCAGCAUCUUCAUUCAGGUCAGUCUCCACCUCGUCCAGCUCCAGUGAGGAUUCGGACGACUUACUGGUUGACUUCAGUUUAAACUUAGCAUCCGGUGCUCAUGCAUCAGAGCUCGGGAACUCAAAUUCAGGAAACCUGUCUCUUUCCUUGGUGGAUAAAGACUUGGACUCUUUCAGCGAGGGCAGUCUCAGCUCUCACUUUGAAUUCCCAGACUAUUGCACCCCCGAGCUGAGCGAAAUGAUCGCGGGGGAUUGGCUCGAGGCGAACUUUUCCGAUUUGGUGUUCACGUACUAAUUUCACGAAGGAGUUGCUGGUAACGAGGACAGUAUGAUCAGUUUGUUGCCAGCCCUGUGGCGGUUUCGGUGCGCAGGAGGAAGAGGCGCCACAAACUGAAACGAGACUCGUUACAAUGUGGUACUUUUGCAAAAACAGUGACAUUUGUCACCAUGACAGGGUUUUAUGGAUUUUCCUCGGGUCUGCAGUGAAACUGCUCAAAUUAAGUGGACCACAAUGAGUAGAAUCUGAACUAUGCAUUCCCGUCCCACUUGUAACUACUUGGGUCUGACACACGGCUGGGCUGAAUUUGGGCAAAUCUGAUAACACUGUCCAGGAUGUAACUUUUCAACAAAAAAGUUUUAUGUGAUUUCUGUAUUCCACAAUUGGUUAUUUGUUAUCAGUUCCGAUUCCGUCUUGGUAUGGAAAUGAUAAAGUAGGCUAAACCGCUAUAGAACACAGGUAUGGCAGGAAGCAUUUUGAUACAUAACCAACAUACCUCAUCUUUUUAAAAAAAGUAAAAUAUUUUCAGGCAUAUUUUUGUACAGUAAAAGGGAAUGUUCUUACUGUGCUUUCAGUGAGGUUUUCAGGCACUUCUACCCGGUUUCAUUUACGUUUAGCAUGCAAGGGUUAAAUGAUAUCAACUUGCAUCUAAAUGCCUUGAUUUAUUUUAAGCAAGGGUAUGUACAGAAGUAGAUUCAAUUUGGUGCGUCUAAGGAGUAAAUUGGAAUUGGGGAAUAUAGACCUCAUUGCUGGUACUAGAUUCAAGAUUGUAUAUGUUCUGUAAAAUAGUAAAGUUAGGAGUUUAUGUAUAUUGGUGUGAAUGGGUCCCAAAUAGCAGGUGUGAAACUGGAUCUUCUUUUUCGCAUUUUAUCAUCUUAAUGGCACAUGUUGUUUUCUUCAUUAUUUUGUGCAAUAUAGGCUACUCUUAAAAUGGACCAUCUGCGUUUUUUGUAGCAAAUGAAAUGCGUUUCUUGUCGUCAUGCUGAAGUCUGUAUCUUGACAAAACUGAAUAAAUCAGCUGGAACUGAAGCAACUGAA